GCAAGAGCGCUUGUAAGAGAACCCGCCAUACUUUUGCUUGACGAAGCCACGUCAGCUCUGGAUACUGAGUCCGAGCACCUUGUGCAGGAAGCAAUCUACAAGAACCUCGACGGCAAGAGUGUGAUAUUAAUAGCUCAUCGCCUAUCUACUGUUGAAAAGGCUGAUAAGAUCAUUGUUAUUAACAAGGGUAAAGUUGAGCAAAUUGGUACACACGAUGAACUUCUCAGACAACCUGGAACUUAUGCAACUUUGGUUGCCCGACAAAUGAUGGGUGAUCAGCGACCAUCACAUCCGAUUCAACUAUCAGCACCGUCCGCAUCCAGACCUGUGAGCGUAAGCGGAAGUCAAUACGGGGGAAAGUCAUUACUGUCGACAAGUUUCACCCACUCAGCUAGUAGUGUGACCUCCCGUUAA